AUGUCGGCAGUAAGAACCAGAACAGGUCGUAGUAAACGACGCCUGACGGGUCAGAAUCAGAUACCCGAGGAUGUGCCCGAACCACCGCGUCGUGGUCUAGGUGCUAUCUUGGUUCUUGUCUGCAUUCUCGUCUAUCACAAUUGCUUAUACUGCGGUUUUGUCUUUGACGAUAUAAGUGCCAUAAAAGAAAACAGAGACUUGAGGCCACAGACGCCGAUUUCUAAUAUAUUCCUGAACGACUUUUGGGGAACUCCUAUACACAAGGUGAGAGAAUUUCACCCGUAG